AACAGUUUCCUAUUUCCACAGGUUUUACUCGUUUCAUUUGAACUGUUGUUACAUACAGGUUCUACUCUUCAUUUGAACUUUCAUUACAUAUACACUUUAAUUCGAUAAACAUAUAAUACCACAUACAUAGAUGAUGAUAUAUCAUACAUCCUCUCAUCGUUACAGUAAGUCAGGCCCUACAAAGUUCAAAACAAUGUGAAAUUUUAGCCCAACGUCCAGAGACCUCGUUUCGAUUUCCUUUUUGUAAAUGAUCAAUGUUCACUUCUAUCAAACAUUUAACUGUUGUCUCCCGCCAUAGCAAAUCACUCUCCCUUUUCUCUUCUUCUCCCACCACCACCACCACCACCACUUCCUUAGCCAACAAUUUCGUCUCCCCUGCUCACCAAACCCUACACCACCUCCUUGAGAAAUGCCAAUCAAUGAGGAAACUAAAACUAAUUCAUGCCCAAAUCAUCCUUCAUGGACUCCAUCAAGAAACGCUUACGGUUAGCAAGUUGAUUUCUUUCUGUGCUGUGUCGGUAACAACCGAUCUACAAUAUGCACAGCUUGUGUUCGACCAUUUGCCUCAACCAAAUCGAUACAUGUACAAUAGUUUGAUCAGGGGUUACGUCAAUAGUGACAACCCUAUAAAAGCUCUACACCUCUACCAUCAAAUGAUUCGUGUUGGCAUUUCACCAAACGAAUUCACAUACCCUUUUGUUCUUAAAGCGUGCGCAGUGCUAUCUAGAUUAUUAGAUGGGGUUCUAGUGCAUGUCCGUAUUAUCAAGCUGGGAUUCCAGUCUCAUGUUUAUGUGCAAAACGGGUUGAUUAGUGUAUAUUGUAGUUGUGACUCCAUUAGGGAUUCAAGAAAGGUGUUUGAUGAUAUGGUUGAUAAGAGUUUGGUUUCAUGGAAUACAAUGAUAGGUGGGUACUCCAAGAUGGGCUAUUGCAAGGAGGCCUUUUUAUUGUUUAGAAAGAUGAGGGAACUAGAUGUGAAACCUGAUGACUUCACAUUUGUUAGCCUACUUUCUGUUUGUUCACAGAGCUCACACGGAGUAUUGGGAAGAUCUUUACAUUCAUAUAUCGUGACUACAAAGUCCCACAUUGAUAUUUAUGUCCAAAAUGCUAUUGUGGACAUGUAUUCAAAAUGUGGAGAUCUCCAUUCAGCUCAAACAUUCUUUGAUCGAAUGUGUGACAAAAAUGUUGUUUCAUGGACAUCUAUGGUCACUGCAUAUACUAAACACAGUCUACUAGACUCAGCCAAGAAUCUUUUUUAUCAAAUGCCAGUUAAAAAUGUGGUUUCUUGGAACUCAAUGAUUUCAUGCUAUUUACAAAAAGGUUGUUAUAAUGAAGUUUUAGGUCUUUUUGAUGACAUUUUGAAUGUAGGACUAACUCCUGAUGAGUCGACUCUAGUUAGUGUCCUAUCAGCUUGCUCUCAACUUGGUGAUUUGGAAAAGGGGAAGAACACCCAUACUUAUAUAUUAUCCAACCACGUAACGCCAAGUGUCACAUUGUUCAAUUCGUUGAUAGACAUGUAUGCUAAAUGUGGGAUGUUAGAAACUUCUUUGAGUAUCUUUCUAAAGAUCCCAGAAAAGAAUCUUGUUUCUUGGAAUGUCAUGAUUGGAGCACUUGCUUUACAUGGACAUGGUUUUGAAGCAGUUGAACUUUUUGAAAGUAUGAAAGUUUGUGAGAAUGGAAUAAACCCUGAUGAGAUCACAUUCAUGGGGUUGCUUUCUGCUUGUUGUCACAGUGGUUUAACAGAAACAGGUAAAUAUUACUUUGAAAGAAUGAUUCCUAUGUAUAAUGUACAACAUGAAAUCGAACACUAUGCAUGCAUGAUUGAUCUUUUUGGGAGAUUAGGACUAUUUCCAGAUGCCAUAAAGUUAAUAAAAUCAAUGCCAAUGAAGCCUGAUGUUGUAAUUUGGGGCGCCUUACUUGGGGCUUGUAGAAUCCAUGGAAAUCUUCAAAUUGGGAAGCAAGUUUUAAAACAAGUAUUGGAGUUAGAACCAUAUACUUCAGGACUUUAUGUUCUUGUAUCAAACAUGUUUUGUGAAGCUAGAAGAUGGAAAGAUGUAAAGAACAUAAGGAAACUAAUGAAGGAUCAUGGCAUCAAGAAAAGUAAAGGUGUUAGCUUUAUUGAAGUUAAUGGAGUUUCAUAUGAGUUUAUGGUUGAUGAUCAUAGAAAUGAGUUGUCAAACGACGUGCAUGAGUUGCUAGAUCAAUUAACAGAUCAUUUGAAAUCAUCAGGGAUUGAACAAAUUUGUUUAAUUUAGACAAGUGGUAAGAUUAAAAAGUAAAAAAAGAAAAACAUAUGGAAUGAAUAAUCAGUUUUAUAAUCAACAACCAACAUCACAGAAGAAGGACAACCAAAGUUUUCUGUAGCACAUUCAUCAUUGACAUUUGUUUAAUCAUGAAGCAAACAUACGUGUGGAUGAUGAUUAUGAUUUGAUGUAUAAGUUUGACCAGUCCAGAUCAUGUCGAUGAAUUAUUAGGGAGGCAUAUGUAGAUGAAGGAGAUCAAUCUUGUUGCAGAUUUUCAGACAACAACAGUUGUAUAAACACAUUUAUAUACGACCAACAUGUUACAUGGGUAUUUCUUAAAUAUAAUCCUAGUCAGUGCUUGUUGUGUUGC